AUGCGUCCAGACGCCAAUGGCAGCAGCGAUAUCAUCGGCCAGCCUGUUGGACGUGAAGCGCUCCUCAACGAGCUUGAAGCAGACUUCAUCGCCUACGCGCCAGGAGAGCUGGUGCAGAUUGCCCACCAAGUAGCAGCAAGUGAAACUCGCCUCGACGCAACUCGGCCCCAGCUCGUCAUGCAACUCGCCCGCCAAGGAGCCGACCUUGUCCGAGACAAAAACCUCGUAACCGUCCUGCCUUUGGCUGAGGAAGCGUACGGCACUGUCAUGAUGCCAGGCCAGCAGCAAAAGGCGUCACCCUUCUUCCCCGGCGGACCCAUGAUCCAAGUCGCAUAUCCGACCCACGACAUGCCGUACCACCUCAAACAAAUGGUCAUGCGUGGGAACAACAGACACUUUUCCAAAGCCACCGUGUUUCAUGAGCUCGUACACGGCCACCGCCUGCAGCUCUGCCAAGCCGCACGGCACCGAAGCCAUCGCUUGCUGUUCUAG